GAAGUACCACGUCCCGCGAUGCCGGAACAGAAUAAUUUCGAAUGAGAUAAACUAAUCGGAGACGUUUUCAGUUAUCCCAUGCAUUCGCUCCAUGGAUCGGGAACGGGAACGACACUGCUUCGAUAUAACCUCUCAACACAUUUGCUUAUCGGAUUGCAUUAUUUUUAUAGUACAGAAAUGCUUCGAGUAUUUUAUAAAAGUCUUCCAAAAUCAGGCAUCCGGUCCCAAUUUGUGAGAUAUUCGUCUGUUCCUGCUCCAAAAACUGCACCGGAAAUUCUUUAUACGGGUAUCUUUAUAAAUAACGAAUGGCAUAAAAGCGCCGGAGGGAAAAUAUUUACUUCGACCAAUCCCUCGAACAAACAAAUCAUCGCGGAAGUUCAACAGGGCGAAAAGGCGGAUAUUGAUGCAGCAGUUGCUGCAGCCCGCGAAGCUUUCAAACUCGGCUCACCAUGGCGAAGAAUGGAUGCUUCCAAACGUGGACAGCUACUCUACAAGUUGGCAGAUUUGAUGGAAAGAGAUCGUGUAUAUUUGGCGAGCUUGGAAACUUUGGACAAUGGGAAACCUUACUUUAUGUCGUACAAUGUGGAUGUUCCUAUGGCGAUUAACAAUCUUCGAUACUACGCCGGCUGGGCCGAUAAGAACCAUGGCAAGGUGAUCCCGAUGGAUGGAGAAUUUUUUGUGUACACCAGACACGAACCCGUAGGCGUAUGUGCGCAAAUUAUUCCGUGGAACUUCCCAAUAUUGAUGGCUGCGUGGAAGUUUGGACCGGCGUUAGCCACCGGAAACACCAUUGUUUUGAAGCCAGCCGAGCAAACGAGUUUAACUGCACUUUACAUGGCACAAUUGACAAAGGAAGCAGGAUUUCCACCCGGCGUAAUCAAUGUUGUUCCUGGAUUCGGUGAUGCAGGUGCGGCUCUUGUGCAGCAUAAUGAUGUAGAUAAAGUGGCAUUCACGGGCUCUACCGAAGUUGGGAAGAAAAUACAGCAAGGUUCUGGCUUGAGCAAUCUUAAAAAAACUACAUUGGAAUUGGGAGGCAAAAGUCCUAACAUUAUACUGUCUGACGCCGAUAUGAAGCACGCUGUGGAAACAUCUCAUUUUGGUUUGUUUUUCAACAUGGGGCAGUGUUGCUGUGCGGGUUCUCGUACUUUCAUCGAGGACAAAAUAUAUGAUGAAUUUGUCGAGCGUAGUGCUGAACGUGCCAAAAAACGAACCGUUGGUAAUCCAUUCGAUUUGACAACCGAGCAUGGACCACAAGUGGACCAGGAGCAGUACGAUAAAAUUUUAGGCAUGAUUGAUAGCGGUGUAAAACAGGGUGCAAAACUGGUUGCUGGAGGCAGUAAAUACGAAGGACUUCCAGGAUAUUUCAUUGAACCGACAGUCUUCGCUGACGUUAAAGAUGAUAUGAUCAUAGCCAAAGAAGAGAUUUUCGGUCCAGUUCAACAAUUAAUUCGUUUUAAAUCAUUGGAUGAAGUCAUUGAACGUGCAAAUAAUUCCGAGUAUGGUUUAGCUGCUGCUGUUUUCUCUAAGGAUAUCGAUAAAGUGAACUAUUUAGUGCAAGGAUUACGCGCGGGAACUAUUUGGGUCAAUACGUAUAAUGUUCUCUCGGCACAAGCGCCUUUUGGAGGUUAUAAAAUGUCCGGCCAUGGCCGUGAAAACGGAGAGUAUGGUUUGAGUGCAUACACAGAGGUAAAAAGUGUGAUUACAAAAAUUCCGAUAAAAAACUCUUAAACUGUUAAUUCCUUGUUCUUUCGAUAAAAUCGAUAAAAAAAUUCUUUUUUUUUUGAAUAACUAAUGCAAUCUCGCAUACAUUAUACAUAAUGACAGGGAAGAAAAAUGGCAAUAUAUCCAACAGAAUAUUGUAUCGGUACGCCUUGAAGCGAAGCACUAUGAUAUCAUAAACGAUUAUAAUAAAAAAUAUACAUAUAUAUUUCAUGGAACAUUUACAAAAAUAAUAAA